GAGUCAAGGAUAAGGCAUAUUUCAUGCAAGAAAAUGCUGCAGACUGAUAUCCAGAAAUAUAUGCAUUAGAUACAAAAAAGAAUCAGCUGGAUGUUUCCCAAAUUUAUCAAUCAUUGAUGACCUCCUGCAAUAUAAUAAGGUUAAGGACUAGUUGCAGAGGAUUAAAACCCAGGCAAGCAUUUCUCUGAUGGCACACCCUCUUCUUCUCCUACUGCUCCUCCUUGCUUCCACAACCAUUUCUUCAUCCAAGAGAAUUCAAUCAAAGUUCUCGGCUAUCUUCUACUUUGGAGACUCUGUUCUUGACACCGGCAAUAACAAUCAUAUCCCGACUUUGGCUGUGGGAAACCAUUUCCCUUAUGGGAGGGACUUCCCAGGAAGCAAGCCGACAGGGAGGUUCUCAAAUGGCCGGCUUGUUCCAGACCUCCUCAAUGAGAAGCUGCAGCUCAAGGAAUUCUCACCACCGUUCCUGAAGGCGGGGCUGUCCAAUGAUGAUAUCAUGACAGGGGUGAACUUUGCAUCGGCUGGCUCAGGGUUUGAUGAAAGGACGUCGCGACUGUCAAAUACUCUGCCACUGUCGACGCAGGUGAACCUUUUCAAGGACUACCUCCUCCGGCUCAGGAACAUUGUUGGGGACAAAGAGGCCUCAAGGAUUAUUGCCAACUCUCUGAUAUUUAUCAGCUCAGGAACCAAUGAUUUCACACGUUACUACCGUUCAUCAAAGAGAAAGAUGGACAUUGGUGAAUACCAAGAUGCGGUGCUCCAGAUGGCACACGCUAGCAUCAAGGAGCUGUAUAACCUUGGGGGGCGAAAAUUCAGCUUGGCAGGCCUUCCUCCUUUUGGCUGCACACCCAUUCAGAUCACAUUAAGUGGAGACCCUGAGAGGACAUGUGUGGAUGAGCAAAACAGUGAUGCCCGGGUCUACAACUCCAAACUUGAGAAGUUGCUUCCUACAUUACAAGGCUCACUCUACGGAAGCAAAAUUGUAUACUUGGACGCAUACGAAGCUCUCAUGGAGAUCCUUGGCAACCCUGUUAAAUAUGGAUUUACAGAGACAACGCAAGGAUGUUGUGGAACUGGGCUCACAGAGGUCGGAAUACUUUGCAAUGCAUUUACUCCUACAUGCGAGAAUGCGUCAUCUUAUGUAUUUUACGAUGCUGUGCACCCAACAGAGAGGGUUUAUAGGAUAGCAACAGAUUACAUACUGAAAAAUGUUAUUCCACGAUUUUAAUGAAUAAGAUGCUCAAAUAAGAAUUUUUUUUCCUUCUUGCAAUAA